AUGGCUCUGGCGGGGAUCACCCAGGUCGACCAGGAUCUCUCACUCGUUGACCAACCACCACCCUCGAUCGUCACGCAUCCCCCCGAGGAAGGGGACACCGACCUCCGCCGUCCCGAGGCUGUCGCCUCCGAAUAUUCCAUAACCUCAAUCCCACACCAACCAUCCAAAAUGGGCAUCUCCGGCGUCGUCAACGCCUGCGUGCACCUCCAAAACUCGAUGCGCGCCAGCCUCGGGCUCACCUCCAUCCCCAACACCAAAUACAACCUACGCCUGGCCCUCGCGCUCCACCGCGCCGGCCUCAUCGCCUCCGUCACACGAGGCGGCCCCCGCCCCCCACCGCCCGAAGCCCUGCUCGCCACGGAAACUGAGGCCGUGACCACAGCCAAUGUGGCGACGCGGCGGCUGUGGCUGGGGCUCAAGUACUGGGACAACCGGCCCGUGGUGCUCAGCGUGUCGGCCGUGUCCAAGCCGAGCCGGCUGGUGACGGCCACGCUGCCCCAGCUGGCCAAGGUCGCGCGCGGCUUCCCCGUGGGGCCCAUCAAGGGGCUCAACCUGGGCGAGACGCUGUUUGUGAGCACGGACCGCGGCGUGCUGGAGGUGCGCGAGGCGCUGGAUCGGAAGGUGGGCGGGUUGGUGCUGUGCCGGGUUUCAUGA